UUUUUGUACUGUCAACUCUUCUCUCUGCUGACGGUUUGCCAUUUUUUCCGUGUGAAAUCUCGAAACUCACAAAAGCAGGCAAAAGCCUGGAAUUUACUUUAUAAAGCGAAUUUAGGUUGUGGAGGUAUUUAAAUUUAACUAUAAAUCGUUUCAAUGGCGCUCAACCUACAAUACGAUGCUAUCGGAAAAGGAUUUGUACAGCAAUACUACACAUUGUUCGAUGAUCCGGCACAGCGGCCAAAUCUGGUCAAUAUGUACAAUGUUGAAACAUCGUUUAUGACCUUUGAAGGUGUACAACUGCAAGGCGCUGUUAAAAUCAUGGAAAAAUUAAAUAGUUUGACUUUUCAAAAAAUCGGGAGAAUAGUAACGGCUGUCGACUCACAACCAAUGUUUGAUGGCGGAGUUUUAAUCAAUGUGCUUGGAAGACUGCAGUGUGACGAUGACCCUCCACACCCAUACAUGCAAACGUUCGUUCUGAAGCCUCUUGGGGACUCAUUCUAUGUGCAACACGAUAUUUUCCGUCUCGGCAUUCAUGACAUUGCCUAAAUAUAAUCAAUAUGAAACUGUGGUAUGAAGAAAAUUGUAUCUAAAGUUAUUCAUCACAUAAAAUUAUUUUAAAAUAGUCAAAUUGCGUUUUGGAUAUUUGUUACGAAUUAUGCAGAAUAUUUUGUAUUAAUGUGAGGUUCAAUUUUCUCCAUAUCAUGUGAAAUCAAUGUAUGCUAGUAAAAACUUGAACAAGGCCAGCUGAGGCCAUCAUGCUAUUCAAAGUGCAUCUUGUUUUUGGUUAUCUAGGUAUAAGUAACUUGUAUGUAUGAUAACUCUCUUCUAAUUCAAAAUAUGUGUAUCAGAUAUGAAAUUUGGCAUAAUUACAGCUUAGAUAUUUAAUGAGAUGGCUUAAGUGAAAAGCAGACUUUUUCAGUUAUACAUUUUAUAAUAAAUACAUUAUAAUUUUCUA